GCCCAAGGUCUACUCGAGAAAUUAACUCUCACUUUUACAAAAAUGAACGUACUAGAAAGCAACGUACUAGAAAAUUGGCUAACCUCAGCCUCAAGAAAAAGGGGUAAGAACGCCGAUUUUUGGAAGGCUUAUUAUCUAAACCACAAAGAACAACAGGCUAAUAAUCCCCGGAAAGGAGAUCGUCAUCAACUAACUCGGCAAAGCCGAUACCGAAUAAAGGUUUUAAUUGAGGAAUUCCAAAAGUUAGGCUUACUAACCCACGAGCAACUACUGAAAAAAACUGACCGAGAACAAUUACAGCCUA